AUGGUAGCCGCCAUUCCGUCCAAGGCCCAAGGUCGCUUCUCGAGUUACGGACUACCAACACCCUCCUUGGCUGAGAAGCCGAAUCAGAGCAUGGCGGCGCCGUUUAGAGGCUCUCUCUGGAAAUCAGAGGGCAUUUGGGGAAAUAAUGGUAAUAACAAAAGCGUCAUUGGAGGCGGUCUCUCACAAAGAGACCCCCCGGGAUCUCGGGGAUCCGACGACACUUCACCUACAGCCCCUUCAGGAUCAGCACAACUAAACCACCAGUCUGAGGCCGAGACGCCCACCUGGGGUACCCGAAAUGGCAUCUGGAGCACUCAGGAGAACCCUGUCCAAGGUCGGCCAGCGUCUGGCAGCACAUCACCGGGCCAAAUCCGGGAUAGCAGCCUUGCCCAGCACGGCGCCAUGCAGGAGUCACAAUACUUCCAAUCCCGAGUAGGACAGAAUGAGAACACCUUCUCGAGCCGAACAAAGGGCCAUGGCACGAUGGAUAAAUUUACUCCCGUCUUUGGUGGCAUGGUGAACGAGGAACCUGAGAAUACCUUUUCGCCCAUGGCCAAGUAUUCUUUCGCUAACCCUACUCCUUUCAAGAGAGGUUCACAGGUCCAGGACCCAGGAUUUCCCACCCUGGGCCAGAUGCGCAACAACAACAUGAUCCCAACGUCACGUGCCGAUCCGCUGAACCAGGACCUUUCACAGAACUCUUUCGAGUCGCUCUUACCUGGCAACCCGCGAGGUUCUGUGUCGCGCCCUUCCGUUCAACACCACUCUCUGUCCUAUCCGUCCAAUGGCGGUCCAACUAGGGGUUUGGCGUCCGUGAACCCGGGUAUUGACCAGGAGCUGUCGGGUAUCUUGGGCAAUUCACUGGGACUUCGUGAUAAUCCUGAUGUCGACGCCAAUGGACUUGCUGCCAACGGGUAUCUCAAUCCCCAGAGCCAGGCAUUCCAAUUUAACCCGUCGUCGCAAGCAUGGAACGGCGACCUGCCAAGUACGGGGCGUGGUUUUGGCCAAGGCUACUCUCAGAAUGAUAGCUACGUCGAUGCUGUUGCUGCUUCUUACGUGGAUUCCAAGAGAAACUCCAUUGAGCGCGGCUCUCCCAGCAGUGCAAGUUUUCAUCGCGCCAGUCUAAACAGCCCUCGAUUUACCCCGGGCUCAGGAUCGCGACCGGACUCGUGGUCUGGCAGCCGGCCCAUCUCUCGCAAUCAUGCCAUGCCUCAAGAAUUCGAGCGACAGCAAAUUGCCUCGCAGUUUCCCCCGAAUUCUGGGUUCUACCCAAACGCCCCGUACUAUGGCAACAACUUUGGCGGCCAGUUCAACCCAUCACUCACUCCCUACGACUUGUACGGCCAGAACGCUGGAUUCCGCGGUCAGAUGCCCAUCUCCUCCUACCAUCCAAUGGUCAACCAGUACAUCGCUCCUCUUAACCCCCCACAGCGGCCCAGCCGAGACCAGGACCCUGGGAAAGGGGUCAGAAGCCAACAGCUGGAGGAGUUCAGGAACAGUAACAGAUCAAGCAAGCGUUGGGAGCUCAAGGACAUCUACAGCUAUGUUGUAGAGUUUAGCGGGGACCAACAUGGCUCUCGCUUCAUCCAAGAAAAGCUGCAAAAUGCCAACAGCGACGAGAAGGAUCAAGUCUUCCAAGAGAUCCAACGCAACGCUUUGCAGCUGAUGAAGGACGUUUUCGGAAAUUAUGUGAUCCAGAAGUUCUUCGAGCAUGGCAGCCAAGUACAAAAGACCAUCCUCGCUAGACAGAUGAAGGGCAAAGUUGCCGAGCUGUCGACUCAGAUGUAUGCUUGUCGGGUCGUUCAGAAGGCAUUGGAGCAUGUUCUUGUUGACCAACAAGAAGAGAUUGUCGAGGAGCUGAAGCCUGACAUUUUGCGCAUCGUCAAGGACCAGAAUGGUAACCAUGUCAUUCAAAAGAUCAUCUCCCUUGUUCCACGGAUCUGUGUGCCCUUCAUGAUGACGGCUUUCCGUGGCCAGAUUAACAACCUGGCUGCGCACAACUACGGAUGCCGUGUAGUUCAGCGCAUGCUUGAGCAGGGCACUGAAGAGGAGCGGCGCGACCUCAUGGAUGAGGUUCAUGCGUGUGCUCCUCAGCUCAUUACAGAUCAAUACGGCAACUAUGUAGCUCAACACAUUGUUCAGCAUGGAUCGGACAAGGAUCGCGCGAGGACAAUUUCUCUCGUCAUUGAUCAACUUAUCGAAUACUCGAUUCACAAGUUCGCGUCCAAUGUUGUCGAGAAAUGCGUCGAGUUUGGCACGGACGAGGAGCGCAAGAUCAUCAAGACCAAGCUUGUGACCGCGGACGCGAAGGGCAAUCAUCCACUUGACAGGGUGAUGAUCGACCAGUACGGCAACUACGUGUUACAGAAAGUUGUUGGGCGACUUGAUGCCCAGGACAGGGACGACCUACUGAUCGAAGUCCAACAGCGAUUCGCCAUUCUGAGACAGUCGACGGUAAGCGGUCGCCAGAUGGCUGCAAUUGAGCGCCUCCUAGGGAAUUACGAGCCCAAGUCAAGCGCAAGCAGUCAGACCGCCUCGAAGACACCCGCCGCCGCUGCAACUCGCGGUUUGCAGAUUGAUGUCAACUCGUCCGCACCCACCCCUGCCCUCACAACAGAAAAUGGCAGCCCUGAGAGUUCCAGCCCACCGAGUACCAAUCUCGGAGAUGAUGCCAUCGUCGAAAAUGGGAAGACAGACGCCAUCACCCAGAUCGGUGGCCAACCCCAUGUGGUUGAGGCUGAUGAAACCGAGCACUAG